AUGCUGAUCGACAAGCGUUCGCAAACGGCUGGUCAGGUCACGGUCGACACCACACGCACUUCAUUGAACGGCUUUGGUGUCUUUGCCAUCAUCGUCUUUGCAAUCGUCUCACUUAUUGUCAUACAACCCGUACGCAUCCAUAUACCUCACCCAAUCGCAAAAGUCAUUCGCAGCACUUUCCGUAAGAUUUGGCUCGCACUCGCAGGUCCACCGGAUGUAGACCAACAGGAACAAGAUGCGGUGGAAGCGGAGCUCAGCGCGGCUGCUCACAACAGCGAUGAGCAAAAGCCGAUGUAUCUCACUAUUGAUCACGUUUCUGCACCCGUCAUUGGCGUCAUAGUCCUGCUGGCAACCACAACUAUUGGCGGAGAACAGGUCAGGCAGGGCAUCGUAGGCGAAGACGGAAUCGAACCAUACGACGUACUCGCGCUGUUCAUCUCGCUUGCCUACAUCGCGAUCAGCUUAGAUGCCACAGGACUGCUUCGCUUUCUGGCCUUUCUAAUCUGUCUCAAAGCCGGUCGACAGGGACGCGAAGCCAAAGGCAAGACACUCUAUCUGCUUCUCUAUUUUUUCUUCUGGUCUGCAGGUGUUCUCGUCGGUAACGAUCCCGUCAUCCUAUCCGGCACCGCUUUCUUGGUCUACUUCACUCGUGUGGCGGGCAUCAGCCCACCAGACGCUUGGAUCUGGGCCGAGUUUGUAGCCGCCAACAUCUCAUCCGCGGUGUUGGUCAGUUCAAACCCCACCAAUCUGGUCAUCGCGACAGGAUUCGAUGUCAACUUCAUCACAUACACCGCCUAUAUGGUUUUGCCCGCAUUUGCGUCCGCAGUCGGCGGCCUGGUGGCUAUGUUGCUCUACUUCAGGAACAGAGAGCAGGCGAGUGUCAAGUCGAAAGAUGGAGUUGACAAAGCGGCAAAGUCGACCAUCCGAAAGAUUGCCGAGAGCGUUCCUGUCAUCGGCACUCGAGUUCAGAGCCAGCCGGAGCAUAGUCAGAUUCGACAGCGAUCCACUGUUGCACUCGAUGGCAAUGGUGCAUCUGGUGCGGACACUUCCAUCGGCGAGGUAAACAAAUCAGGCACAACAGCAGGAGGCACAACACCAGCCUCCGAAACACCUUCUACCAUGCAUAUUACCAACAAGGCGCACGCAAAGCGCUCGCAACCGCUCAUCUACAUCCCCGAAACCAUCAUUCGUCCCGACGUCGAUCCACGUGCUGCGCUGGUAGACAAGUUCGGCGCCAUCUUUGGAAGCAUCGUCAUGGCUGCUACGCUAGCCACACUGGUGGGGACCUCGGUAGUGGGUGGAGUCAAAGUAUACCAAAUUGCGGUCCCGGGUGCGGUGCUAUGCUUUGUCAGAGAUGCUGUUGCGGAUUGGUUGCGGUGGAGAAGCUUGCAGUUGGAGAGAAGGAAGAGGCUCUCGGAUGAGCUUGACGUGGGAUCGGCGCAGAAUAGAGCGACUGCGGCAGACGCAGCAAAGUCGAUGACACCGGCGCAAAACGGUGAAGCAAUAGAACUGAAUACAAUGGCCACAUCCAUAUCUCAUGCUGCCACUAGUGGUCGGAAUGGUGUAGCUGGUGACGAGCCAAAGCGGACACCCUCGCGGACCGCUACCGCCGACCAGUCCGCACCCCCUCACAGUCGCAAUCCACUCCGACGUCUCGUUCGACUCCACUCUUAUCUGAACACCGUCUUCCCCACCGUCAGCAUCGUCCUCUCACGGCUGCCGUUCCCGCUCCUCCCCUUCGCAUUCUCCAUGUUCAUCCUAGUGCAAGCUCUUGCCCAUGUGGGGUUCAUCAACAUCCUCUCUUCCGGACUCGGUCGUGUCUGCUCAUCUGGCUACGUCGCCACCGCCUUCUUCAUCUCUGCCCUCGGAAUCAUCCUCUGCAAUAUUGGAGGAACCAACAUCGGCGCUACGAUUCUUCUGACGAAAUCUGUUCGAUCUCCGUACUUUUCUGCUCGAAUCAACCAUCUUUCUCAGCGUGAUCAGGAAUUGAUCAUGAAGGUGGCACAGUACUCGAUCGCUUUCGGGUCCAACGUAGGAGCUCUCGGUGGUACAUUUGCUGCAAGUUUGGCAGGAUUGCUCUGGUUGGGGGGAUUGAAACAGGGCGGCAUCACGGUGGGUGCACGACAGUUUUUGAAAUGGUGUGCAGUGGUGGUGGUGCCGAGUACCGUCAUCGGGAUCGCCGUGAUCAUCGCCGAGGUUAGAUACUUCCAUGUCAGCGCAUAG